AUGGCAGAAGCCAAAUCUGCUGCUCCUGCUCCUGGUCCCGCUCCGGCGACCGCGCCCCGCAAAAGAGGACGGCCCCGGACGGUGACGGACGACCAGCAAGUGCCAGAGAGACGUCGCAAACAGCUUCGCGUGGCACAACAGGCCUAUCGCCGUCGCAAAGAGACUACAAUCACUAAUCUGCAAGCCCGUGUGCAAGAGCUUGAGUCGGGCAUCGAGGAGCUCAGCGAGUCUUUCUUGUCAUUCAGUAAUUUGCUACUCGAAGAAGAUCUCUUCAAUAAACAUCCGCUGGUGGCAUCGGCGCUACAAAAAAUAACCCAGCAAUGUGUGUCGCUUGCCAAACGCAGUUGCGACGAGGCCGAGCAGGCAUCCCCGGUCGCUAUCGUCGACACCCCCGCGACUGAAACCCCCCGCAAAGCCAGCAUGACCCCCCAACCUAUUAACAUGGAUUUCAAUCCAGACAUGAUGCAGUUCGAUCCGUUCCCGAUCAUGAACGACCCGAAUCAGUCCUCACUCAUCUCUUUCGCCCAGUGGCCAAUGUCACAAUUACCUCCAACACCGCCCUAUCAAGAACAAGCCGUACUGCCAUUUGGCAUCGUCUUAUCAGGUCCAACUGUUCCUUUCUCUACUCCAAGCCCACCGAUGUCGAGCCCGCCGGAGACGGUUACCCCGACGCAUCUCGUCAAACAAGAGCGCUGGACCCUUUCUCAUCGUCUGGUGCGAGAAUGCUGCGAGAGGGGGUAUAGGUUGCUGGUGGAUACACCAGGAAAUGAUACCAGAAUCCAAGAAAUCUUUGGCAGGCGGUUGACCAAUUUGGAACGCAAUCGUUUGGUCUCCGGAUUCUAUGCGGCCAUGAAUGAUGAAGUGGGCGAUAUGAUUGAACUGAGGAGCACGGUCUUGAGCCCGUUACGCUCGAAGAAUAUCAACUCCCGACAACAGCUUGCGCUAUCAUCUAGAACGUGGCAAAUUAUUAUUGAGUCCGGUGAUAAUGAGUGGCUAGAUGCUAGCGGAGUCCAGAACUUCCUGCUAGAAAGAGGCAUUCGGAUCUACGAUAUUGGUCUGGGACAGUCCAGUCCGCGCCUGGAGGGUCCACCCCAGUUUAAUGCCACAGCUUUUAUUAGAAUUCUUGCCCUGAGUACCAUGUGCGUUGGUCGAGGGCCUACAUUCCGACGACGUGAUGUGGAAAAUGCUUUACAAUAUGCCACAACUGGAAGCCCUUGGUCCUUCAGUCUUAUGCAAUAG